AUGGAAAAUAACGUAAGGUGUAAAAAGUUCCUUAUUCUGGCCACGACCGUUGCGGCAGAGCUCUCCCCCCUUUCUGAACUUUCCGUCAAUCUGAACUCUCCCCCUUUUUGAACACUCCCCCUUGAAUGAACCUUUCCCCCUUUCUGAACACUCCCCCUCAUUUUGAAAAUUGAAAAUAUGAGGUGUGGCAUGUUAUACGAUGAAAUUUUUUUUCAAAUUGAAAAGAAUAAGGUGUGACAUCUUUUUUUUUUAUUUUUUUCUCAAUUUGAAAAAAAUUUUCAUCGUAUAACAUGUCACACCUCGUUUUUUUAAUUUGAAAAAUGGGGGAGUGUUCAAAAAAGGGGAGAGUUGAAAAAGGGGGAGAGUUCACAUUGAGGAAAAGUUCAGAAAAGGGGGAGUUCAGGCUCAACCGGCCACGACAAAAAUGCUCUGCGAACUGCGCCCAAGCUUGGGAACUAAAGUUAAGAAAAAAGACUUCGACCUAGCUCUCAAUGAAUUCCUAUGAUAGCUCUAUUGUGUUAAGCGUGCCUAGGAAGGCUAUAACGACUCAUUUAGUCCUACACGGAGGCAAUAAGUCAGUUCCGGAAGGUUUCAUCGUAUAAAGUGUAAAAUCGCAGGCUGCAGCCGUCUUUGAAGGGUAAGGUGGUACGUAUAGGCUUCGUUGUACAGAUUUUUACUUGUUUUUAUUUAGAAAAUUUGGUAAAAGUUCCUUAUUUUGGCCACAACUUAUAACUUUGCGGAAACUGGUCGGAAUUAGCCCAAAUUUAGCGUGCACGCGCAAUUCAUCGUUGUCAAUGCCCGGACAGUAGAUUUAGUUAGCGAGGUACUUUCUUUUUUACGUACCACCUUACCCUUCAAAAACGGCUGCAGCCUGUGAUUUUACACUUUAUACGGUGAAACAUGUCCGGAACUAACCUUAUUGCCUCCGUAUGGAACUAAAUGAGUCGUCACAGCCUUCGUAGGUACCCUUAAAACUAUAGAGCUAUUAUAGUAAUUCAGUUACAGCUAGGUCGAAGCGUUUUUUUCCUAACUUUUGUGCCCACGUUUGGGCGCAGUUCGCGGGGUACCUUUGUCGUGGCCAGAAUAAGGAACUUUUUCCAAAAUUUUUGAAACAAAAAAUUAUUACAGUUAUUUUUAGCACUACAGCAAAUCACACGCAGCUCAGAAAAAAUAUUUGUUAUAGGAAGGUUGUCGCAUUAAAAAUCGAAAUGCCGUCGGGAAAAUGAAUUGUAAUUUUUUUUUAUUUUUUUUUUAUUUAGGAAUUUGGGAAGUACGAAUGGAUUGGAAAAACCAGGAAACUGCCGCAAAAAGCCAAGGAGGUAAGAUUAUUACAUUAAUCUCUGUCCAUAAAAAGACUGUAAAUAACAUUCUUUUUGGGGAAAAAACAGUGUUAAAAGUAGAUUUUUCAUUUUGAAAAAAAUUUUUUUUUUCUAAAAAAAUAAGAAUUUUCAAAAAAAAAUUUUUUUUUUCAAAAAAUCAAAUUUCAGAUGUACGUCAAACUCUACAUGAAGGAGCUGAGUACGAACAGGUUCUACAGCUACAAGAAGCGCAAUUCAACGGAAUUCGAGCUGGCCUCUGUUGAAGAGGCCAUUCAGAUCUAUAUGAAUGCCAAAGAAGUCCCCGCGGUCUACCAACUCGUCUGUUUGAAAGUCAUUGUUGUGAGUUUUACAGAGAUUUUUGGUUUGAUUUUUUAAAGGAAAAACAAAAAAAAAAAGAUUUUUGGGAAAAAAUAAAAAAAUUAUCAAUUUUUUUGGAAAAAGUUCCUUAUUAUGGCCACAACAAAGGUACUCCGCGAACUGCGCCCAAGCUUGGGCACUAAAGUUAGGAAAAAACGCUUCGACUUAGCUGGCACUGAAUUACUAUAAUAGCUCUAUAGUUUUAAGGGUUUCUACGAAGACUAUGACGACUCAUUUAGUUCCAUACGGAGGCAAUAAGUUUAGUUCCGGACAUGUUUCAUCGUAUAAAGUGUAAAAUCACAGGCUGCAGCCGUUUUUGAAGGGUAAGGUGGUACGUAAAAAAGAAGGUACCUCUCUAACUAAAUCCACUGUCCGGGCGUUGACAACGAUGAAUUGAGCGUGCACGCUAAAUUUGGGCUAAUUCCGACCAGUUUCCGCAAAGUUAUAAGUUGCGGCCAAAAUAAGGAACUUUUACCUUUUUUUCUAUUUUUUUGGUUGAAAAUUGAAAAAAUUUAAAAAUUUUCUUGAAAGAUAUUUUCAGGAUUUUUUCAAACAUACCUUUUUACCGACUUCUUGCCGGAAAAAGCAAAAAAGAGCAAAAAAUUAAUUGGCAUUUCAACUAUUCAAAACGGAUACUUUUUGAUACUUUUGCUGAAUUUUUUUGCCUAAUUUUUUUUUUUUAUUUUUUGCUUUUUCAGUUCCCGAAACGAGAGCAGCACAACAAAAAGACGAAAGUGGUGUUCAUUGCGGAGGAGGUGAGCACCCAAACCUAUGAUUUCCUCGACCGUUCCGAUAUUACUAGUUGUGAAAUCCCUGAACGUAGGUGGUCAAAAAAUUUAAGAUAGUUAUAAAUGUUUUUAACUUUUUUUUUUUUAAAAAAAAUAAAUAUUUUUAGCCAAGGGACCUUACAUGCAGUAUUGA